UAGCUAAGCGAUAUCAUAGAAACGCAUUAAGCGGUGUUGUUUCAAUGUGAUUUCAUAAAGUUAAUUGAAGUGUUUAAAGGGGCUGAACUCAACUUUGUUUUACUGUGACACCGGCAUGCUACCCUUGCAUGCCGACAUUACUGCAGUGAUAUAACGUGAGCCCAUAUUACAUUAGAUAACAAGCUAGCUAGGAUAGCUUUAGUUACCAGUCUGCAACCAUGUGGCCCAUUCUCUGGACUGCCAUGCGUUCAUACGCGCCCUACGUGACCUUCCCGGUGGCUCUUGUGGUCGGGGCAGUGGGCUAUCAGCUAGAGUGGUUCAUCCGGGGAACCCCUUCUACUCACCAGGAGGAGAGGGGCGUUUUUGAAGUCCGGGAGGAACGCAGACUAACGGAGCAAGCUGGUCUGGACAGUACCGAGGUCAUUAGCCUGAAGGACAAGGUUGAGUUCACCCCAAGGGCGGUGCUUGAAAGAAACAGACCGGUGAAGAGUUGAGGAGGGGCUGUGGGAACUUUCAGCUUCCGUUGACUCCAAGGUGAACUUUGGCAUCUUUUCAAUCACGCUUCUCAUUCAAGAACAGGAUCCAACUGUAUCCGGGUUCGAAUUGUGAGACUGGAACAUUACACCGGGAGUAGAAGUUGGAAUCUCAUAUUUAAAAAUGCUGUUUUGUGAAAUAUUACCAAGAUUAUCCUGUUUUAUGGAAACUGCGCACAAUCAGACUGGAGUUACUCACACAUACACACACACACACACACACCUACUUACCUACCUGUCAGGCGAAUAACCACAUUCUCAUCUGAAACUUUAACACGAUAUUUGACAGUGAAUGUACGGUUUGGGGACGUUUAGCUCCUGUGGCCAUUGGGUGGUGGUGUUGCACAUGUUCCUGCCUCUCGGCCACCAGGCCUCAGGUGUGUGACCUGUAGGCAUAUCAUUGUGUGGGAUGGAUAGGAUCGAUCAAUGGAUGAUGACCCCACCGGUAUUAAAACUACGAAAAGAGGCCUUGACCCGAGAGGAGUGGGAGGGGAGGCUGCCAUGGUAUUAGGGGAAUACUCCAGAAAUGAGUGCUGAGGACUGGUGGUUCCAUGGUACAGUUACACUGACAGCGUUGUCCUUUUGAGUGCCUGCAGAAAGUGUCUAUAUUUUUAGUCAGAAACGUAAUAUGUCAUGUGUAUGAAACUGAAACUCACAAGUAAAGUGUUUGUUCCAGCA